AUGUGUGGCCGGUUCCUGAGGCAGCUGGUGGCUGAGGAGAGCCGGCACUCCACCUCCGUGGGACGCCUCCUGCUCCCUGUGCUCCUGGGGUUCCGCCUCGUGCUGCUGGCUGCCAGCGGGGCCGGGGUCUACAGCGACGAGCAGAGUGAAUUCGUGUGUCACACCCAGCAGCCAGGCUGCAAGGCCGCCUGCUACGAUGCCUUCCACCCCUUCUCCCCACUGCGCUUCUGGGUCUUCCAGGUCAUCUUGGUGGCUGUGCCCAGCGCCCUUUACAUGGGUCUCACUUUGUAUCAUGUCAUCUGGCUUUGGGAAGAGUCAGGAAAGGGGAAGGAGGAGGAGACUCUGAUCCACCGAGGGGAGAAGAGCAGAGAUGCCUCCGGUCCUGGAAGCCCCAGGCUGCUCUGGGCCUAUGUGGCACAGCUGGGCGUGCGGCUGGUCCUUGAGGGGACAGCCUUGGGGGUACAGUACCAUGUGUAUGGGUUCAACGUGCCCAGCUCCUUUGCAUGUCGCCGAGAGCCUUGCCUUGGUAGUAUAACCUGUUACCUGUCCCGCCCGUUUGAGAAGACCAUCUUCCUAAAGACCAUGUUUGGGGUCAGUGGGCUCUGUCUCUUGUUCACGCUUUUGGAACUUGUGCUCCUGGGCCUGGGGCGAUGGUGGAGGGCCCGGAAGCACAGAUCUCCCCCUUCUAACUACUCCCCAACUUCAGAGAGCACCAGAAGACACAAGGAACCGACUGAAAACUUCCCAGUGGUGGAGAUCAAAGAGCCAUUCCGAGAAGCAGAGUUAUGAAGCCACCUGG